GAGCAGGGGAAAGAUGUUGAGUGUCGGACCAAUGUUUUGGUAGCCUACUUCCUGACGAAACGUUUUUGCUCGCAGCGUUAGCUAAAUGACUAAACUGGCUAGCUAACUCAACUAACUGAAGGUACAUGUCAGGAAGUUAGCUGAGCAGAACGUGUUCAUAGACAGAAUAGAAACUGAAUAACUUAAAAUAGUAUUAUAAAGUACUUGUUUCGAAGAAAGAGGAAGACAAAUGAACAGAAAAGAAGACUAUGAUUCGUAUGAAAUCGAGGAACCAAGUGAUGAAGAGAGAGCGGAGAGCAGCUCUGAGGAUGAAUUGGAUGUUCUCCUUCAUGGAACUCCAGAUCAGAAGAGAAAACUCCUUCGGGAGUACCUGACCGGAGAGAGCGAGUCUUCCAGUGGAGAUGAAUUUGAGAAAGAGAUGGAGGCAGAGUUGAGCUCCACUAUGAAGACCAUGGAGUGCAAAUGGUCCACCCCAGCUUCAUCAGAGGGGACCUCUGGGACAACUGACAGAACAGCAGCCACAAGUGGAAACGUCCAACCCCAGCAAUACGACGACAUUUACUUUGACACAGAUUCAGAUGAAGAUGAGACUCCCGGUAACGCAGAAGGGCGGAGGCGGAAACAGCGGCGCAUCCCCACAAACGAUGAGUUGCUGUACGACCCCGAUGAAGACGACAGGGAUCAGGCCUGGGUGGAUGCCAAAAGAAGGGAGUACAGAAGCAGGAAGAAACUGCCUGGUUCAGCAAACAGAAGAGAGAAGACUGAGGCACUCCCCAGCAGUGACGCAGUCCUUAACUGCCCCGCAUGCAUGACCACUCUGUGUCUGGAUUGCCAGAGGCAUGAGAAGUUCAGGACUCAGUACAGAGCCAUGUUCGUCAUGAACUGCAGAGUUAACAAAGAGGAGGUUCUGCGGUACAAAACACCCGCUGACAGAAAGCGGAUGAGGCGAAGGAAGAAGAUGAAGAGCAGCCCACAGGCACAGCCCGUCGCCUUGGAGCCAGGGGUCGUGGAGGCGGAGCCAGAGGAGACGUACUAUCCGGUCCAGUGCACCGAGUGCUCCACAGAAGUAGCGGUGUUCGACAAGGAUGAAGUGUACCAUUUCUUCAACAUCCUUGCAAGUCACAGCUGAAGAUGCCAUUUAGAAACGGACGGCAUUUAUUUGCCUGUUUGAGGACUGUUUUAUUGCUCGUGUUUUUCCUCCCCUUUUUUUUUUUUUUACGAUGGCCCUUUUUAAUUUCAUCAGACUGACUGAAUUGUCAUCUUGUACAAGGUUGUAAUAUAGAGAUUUGAUUUUACUGAAAUAGGAAGACAAUUUGCAGCUCAAUUUUGUGGAUCAUUUUUCCUUUCAUUAUUUGAUUUGAUUUGAUAUACUCGUACUCAGACUGCUUCUGUCAGGUAAUCAGUCAAUUGCUCUAUUCCCAGGCAAUCAAAGGUUACAUAGGGCUAAUAUACUAACCUACUGGGCAUCAUUACAAGUCCCUGAAAUGUAAAUGUAAUGGUUUCCUGUUAUUAAAACUUUUGUUUGUUCA